UCAGCAUAGCAGACAUAGUGGCCCAGGUGACCAGUCCAUCUGGUCAGGUCCAGGAGGCUGACAUCAUGGAGGGAGAGAACAACACCUACUGCAUCCGCUUUGUUCCCACGGAGACCGGCGUGCACACAGUGUGUGUGAAGUACGCGGGCGUGCACGUACCCGGCAGCCCCUUCCAGUUCACAGUGGGGCCCCUUGGAGAAGGAGGAGCCCACAAGGUCCGCGCUGCAGGGCCCGGGCUGGAGCGGGCAGAGGCUGGAGUACCAGCUGAGUUCAGUAUCUGGACGCGGGAGGCAGGUGCAGGGGGUCUCAGCAUUGCGGUGGAGGGGCCCAGUAAAGCAGAGAUCACCUUCGAGGACCGCAAGGAUGGAUCCAGUGGAGUAUCCUACAUGGUCCAGGAGUCAGGAAACUAUGAGGUGUCUGUCUGUUUCAACGAAGAGCACAUCCCUGACAGCCCCUUCGUGGUUCCCGUGGCAUCGCCCUCUGAUGACGCCAGACGACUCACUGUUGCCGGUCUUCAGAUCGUUCACAGCUUUGUGGAAGUUACCUGUGGCGCUGAUGUUUAUGCCGAGGAGUCCGGGUUGAAGGUCAAUCACCCAGCAUCCUUUGCUGUGAGCCUUAACGGAGCGAAGGGACAGAUUGACGCUAAAGUACACAGCCCAUCCGGAGCCCUGGAGGGCUGCUGUGUUACUGAGCUAGACCAAGAUAAAUAUGCUGUGAUGUUCAUUCCCAGAGAGAACGGUCUGUAUCUGAUCGAUGUAAAGUUCAACGGCAGCCACAUCCCUGACAGCCCUUUCCAAAUCAGAGUUGGGGAGACGGGACAGGCUGGAGACCCAGGCAGGGUGACCGCAUACGGAGCUGGGUUAGAGGGAGGAACCAGUGGUACAGCCUGUGAGUUCGUGGUCAACACCAGUACAGCAGGACCCGGGGCCCUGGCGGUGACCAUCGACGGCCCCUCCAAGGGGAAGGUGGACUGUGUUGAGUGUCCGGAGGGUUACAAGGUGACCUACACCCCCAUGGCUCCAGGAAAUUACUUAAUCUCCAUCAGAUACGGAGGACCUUACCACAUCGUAGGAUCCCCCUUCAAGGCCAAGAUCACUGGCUCCGAGCGGGUCAGUAGCCAUAGCAACCAUGAGACGUCCAGCGUCAUGGUCGAUGCCAUGACUCGCCAUGUCAGCUACUCCCACCAGGGAGCUCUCAGCCAAUCGGACGCCAGCUGUGUGACAGCCAAGGGGCUCGGCCUAUCAAAGGGUUUCAUCGACCAGAAGAACAACUUCAGCGUCGACUGCAGCAAAGCAGGUCGUAACAUGCUGUUGGUGGGUGUGGACGGGCCCAGGGUUCCCUGUGAGGAAGUUCUAGUGAAGCAUCUUGGGAACCGUGUCUAUAACGUCAGCUAUCAGCUCAAGGAGAAGGGAGAGUACAUCCUGGUAGUGAAGUGGGGAGAACAACACAUCCCUGGGAGCCCGUACCAUAUUAUUGUCUAGACCAAUCAGAUUCUACCACAUCACUGUUUAGACCAAUCAGAUUCUACCACAUCACUGUCUUCACCAGGGUUCCCCAAAUGGCGGCCCGGUAAUUUUAUUUCAAAGUUUUCUGAACAGUAUAUAAAUAAAUGUUAUUUAAAUGUCUUAUUGUUGGACAUAAAAGACUAAACACAAUUUAAAAAAAUAAACACUCACAGGUCAUUUUUGGCAUGCGUGUUGUCGACUCCUGGUCUCGACCAAUCAGAUUGGUGAAUUCAGAAUCCUCAAAACUAGCACUUUGUCUAGACCAAUCAGAGGGUCCCAAGUCACUGUCUAACCAAUCAGCGAUUACAACCUUCCAAACUCAUACAACAACCCAAACCAACCAAUAAUGCAUAAACACUGAAUAUCCCUCUCUUCAUCUGUCGGUCCUCCCCAUCAUUCUUCUCUUCAUCCCUCUAUCCUCCGUCCCCAUCAUUCUUCUGUCCUCCCUCCUCAUCAUUCUUCUGUCCUCCCUCCCCAUCAUUCUUCUGUCCUCCCUCCCCAUCAUUCUUCUGUCCUCCCUCCCCAUCAUUCUUCUGUCCUCCCUCCCCAUCAUCCCUCUGUCCUCCCUCCCCAUCAUUCUACUCUUCAUCCCUCUAUCCUCCCUCCCCAUCAUUCUUCUGUCCUCCCUCCCCAUCAUUCUUCUGUCCUCCCUCCCCAUCAUCCCUCUAUCCUCCCUCCCCAUCAUUCUACUCUUCAUCCCUCUAUCCUCCCUCCCCAUCAUUCUUCUGUCCUCCCUCCCCAUCGUUCUUCUGUCCUCCCUCCCCAUCGUUCUUCUGUCCUCCCUCCCCAUCGUUCUGUCCUCCCUCCCCAUCGUUCUUCUGUCCUCCCUCCCCAUCGUUCUUCUGUCCUCCCUCCCCAUCGUUCUUCUGUCCUCCCUCCCCAUCGUUCUUCUGUCCUCCCUCCCCAUCGUUCUUCUCUUCAUCCCUCCCCAUCGUUCUUCUCUUCAUCCCAUCGUUCUUCUCUUCAUCCCUCUAUCCUCCCUCCCCAUCAUCCCUCCCCAUAUCCUCCCUCCCCAUCAUUCCUCUCUUCAUCCCUCUAUCCUCCCUCCCCAUCAUCCCCCUAUCCUCCAUUCCCAUCAUCCCACUGUCCUCCCUCCCUCCCCAUCAUAAUCAUUAUCAGUUAUAGAGGAGAAACAUGCACCUUUUUAUUACUGUAACUAGCUUAGCAACAUGUAGCUUCCUUUCCCCACACAGUGAUUAGAUGUGUGCAAGUGCUAGCCUAGCAUAGUAUAGUGUGUUGGUAUAGGGGUUUGCUUAGCGUAGCAUAGUAUAUUGGUAUAGAGAUUAGCCUAAUGCUAGUCCAGUGUGUUUAUAAUGCUAAUUUUAACACGUUUUUAUUUUAGCUUCUGCAGGCUUGGUGUUAGCCUGUCUUAACCAAUUACUAGUAUUGAAUAAUAACUGUAAUGUUAGUAGUAUUGAAUAAUAACUGUAAUGUUAGUAGUAUUGAAUAAUAACUGUAAUGUUAGUAGUAUUGAAUAAUAACUGUAAUGUUACUAGUAUUGAAUAAUAACUGACACAGUAGUAUCAGUCCUUUAGGUUUGUUAGUCAGUAUUCCAGAACAAAAAAUAACCUUGUCUGUUAAAGGGCUUUAGAGUGUUUUAAUACACAAUAAAGAUGUGUAAGUAUUUUUCUGUCAA